UCUACGUGCGUGCGAUCAGAUGAUGUGCUCCACAGAUCGAUCGAACACAUCGUCGUUCCCCACUCACUGCUUCUUCACUCGUUCAUCAACUACUGGAAAUUAGAUAGAGAUAAAGCAGGCAGGAUCUCUCGGAGAUCUGGAACUAAAAAGGACGACCAGCGAAUUAAGAAGGAGAGAGCUAGAUCAGAUCGACGACCGAUCGAAGACGAUGGCGUCGGUGCGCACGACGACGACGACGACGUCGUCCCUGGUAGCAGCAGUCCUGUCCCUCUGCGUCGUCGUCUCCCUCUCCCUCCGCGGCGCCGACGCCGCGCGGAUCACCCCCGGCGACAGCCCGAUCGUGGCCACCUGCAUGACGGGCCCGUACCCGGAGCUGUGCGUGGGCGAGCUGGGCAAGCGGCUGCUGGACGUGCAGACGGUCAUCGCGUCCGCGGCGCCCAACAAGGGCGCGGCCAAGAUCGCCGGCGCCCCGGGGCAGGUGGACGUCAAGGCGCUGGUGUCCGUGGCGCUGGAGGCGGCCACGGAGGCCGGCACCAUCUUGGUGUCCAUCUUCGAGGGCAAGCUCCCGGGGUUCAACACCAGCGUGCCGGACUUCCACAAAUGCAUGGGCAACUGCAGCGUCACCAUGAAAAGCGCCAUGCAGAAGCUCCACGGCGCCAAGGCCGCGCUGCACGCGGGCGACAGGCAGGUGGCCAAGACGCUCGCGCUGCGCGCCGCCACCGACGUCUCGUCCUGCACCAUCAGCUGCAGGGAGCUCAACGGCGACGUGCGCGUCAUCGUCGCGCAGAGCCUCACCGAGUUCGCCAAGAUGCUCCAGAUCGCCAUCGGGUUCAUCAGCAAGAUGAAGUCGGAGCCGUCGGAGCCAAAGCCACCGUCGGAGCCCAAGCCACCGUCGGAGCCAAACCCACCGCCGACGCGGACCACGCCAUGAUCACGCACGCAUGCACCGACCGUGUUUUUAGCUAAGAGAGCGGAACCAACAUGCUCCUCGUAAUUUAAUUAGCCAUCAUUCUGCCGAGUUUCUUUCGUUUUUGUUUGUUCCCCCCCCCCCCCCCCCAUUUUGUUAUAGUUUUAGUGUUGGUUUAGUUUUUUUUUUCUUUAGCAUGGUGUUGGUUUAGUAUGAGUUCUCUCUUCUGUAAAUAAGAUUUUUCAUGCAUGACAGGCCUGGACAUUGCUUGGCUGCAUAGCCUAUAAGAAUAAGAUGCAGCUGGUCAUCCUUACAUGCA